AUGUCUUCACCCGUUUACCAACAGUUUUAUGAACGCCUACAUUAUCGUUUGUCGUUGUUCUUCAAUAUGAAACCUCAGAAAUACUUGGAAGCUUAUAUUGCCCUCUUACUGUCAUCUCCUGCAAUAGCUCAAUGGAGCACCACAAACACAACGUCAAUCUCGAGUACAUUUGACCCGCUCCAGUACGUUAACCAACUCAUCGGCACUGACAAUGGUGGAAAUGUUUUUGCCGGUGCUACCCUUCCAUAUGGAAUGGCUAAAGCGGUCGCUGAUGUUAAUGGUCAAAAUACCGCUGGGUUCUCAACGGAUGGCAGCAAUGUAACUGGAUUCUCACAUAUGCAUGAUUCUGGUACAGGAGGAAAUCCUUCCUUGGGCAACUUCCCCUUGUUUCCGUCGUACUGUCCCGAUGAUGUGGUUGACAAUUGCAAAUUCUUAAUCACAGAUCGAGCUACACCAUAUGUGUUGAAUUCUGUGGUGGCCACGCCGGGAUAUUUUGGAAUAAAUUUAACCAACGGCAUUCAUGCAGAAAUGACAGUUUCAGAGCAUGCUGCUCUUUAUCACUUCAAUUAUCCUGUAGAGAAGUCUUCGAAUGGGACGGCUUUAAGCCCGCUCAUUCUUAUGGAUCUGACAGAUUUGAGUGCCAGUAGACAGAACGCAACCAUAAGCGUGGCUGACGACGGACGUAUAAAAGCAAAUGGGACUUUCAUUCCAAGUUUCGGUGGCGGUUCAUACAUGUCAUAUGUUUGCGUUGACUUUUCCGGGUCAAGUAUCCUGGACACAGGAAUUUGGGUCAACAAUAGAGCAGGAACACAACCAAAGGAAUUAUUCGUCACGAGAGGUAUAAAUCUCUUCUACAUUCAAGCGGGAGGAUUUGUUCGCUUUAAACCACCAACUGAUAGAACUAUUAGCGCUAGAGUGGGCGUUAGUCUCAUCAGCUCGGAUAAAGCUUGUCAGAAUGCAGAAAAUGAAAUUCCUGAUUGGGACUUUGCUAGGCUGAAGAAGACAGCCGAAAACGCAUGGAAGAAGAAACUGAGUGUUGUGACCAUAGAUCCUGGCAAUGGUAGUGACACUUCACUAUUGACCAACUUCUAUAGUGCAAUUUAUAGGACUAUGAUGUCCCCGCAAAACUAUACGGGGGAGAAUCCCUUAUGGGAAAGUAGCGAACCAUACUUUGAUUCUUUCUACUGUAUAUGGGAUGCAUUCAGAUCUCAGCUCCCAUUUCUCACUAUCGUCGAUCCAUCUGCCCUAUCAGAAAUGAUCCGUAGUCUUCUCGACACUUACCAGAACCUUGGCUGGCUUCCAGAUUGUCGUAUGAGUCUCUGUAAAGGGUUUACUCAAGGUGGUUCAAACGCCGAUAAUGUCAUAUCCGAUGCAUAUGUGAAGAAUCUCACGGGUAUAGACUGGCAACUAGCAUACGAAGCUGUGGUAAACGAUGCAGAAAACGAACCACUAGAAUGGUCCAACGAGGGCCGUGGUGGUCUCAUGUCAUGGAAAGCUCUGAACUAUAUACCCUACCUCGAUUAUGACUAUUCAGGUUUUGGUACGAACUCUAGAAGUAUUUCUAGGACCUUGGAGUAUUCGUAUAACGAUUUCUGUAUCUCGACUCUCGGGAAAGGUUUAGGGAAAACCGAAUAUACAAAAUAUUUGUAUCGCGCGACAAAUUGGCAGAAUUUGUGGAAAGAAGAUCAAAUUUCGUCUAUUAAUGGUGUGGAUACAGGAUUUACAGGAUUCUUCCAGCCGAAAUAUUUGAACGGGACAUGGGGGUAUCAGGAUCCGAUACUUUGUAGUCCGUUGGAUUCCUUUUGCAGUUUAACAAGUAAUCCACAGGAGACUUUUGAGGAUAGUAUUUGGGAGUAUCAAUUUUUUGUGCCACAUGAUAUUGCGACUCUAAUCGAUCGGGUUGGUGGGCCAGAGAACUUUAUCGCUCGUCUCGAUUAUUUGCAUACAAGCGGUCUAACAGACAUCGGAAAUGAACCUUCGUUCUUGACAGUGUUUCUUUACCACUACGCUGGUCGUCCUGCCCUCUCAGCAUCCCGUGCCCAUAUGUACAUACCCGCCUAUUUUAAUACGUCAACCACUGGAUUACCUGGCAACGAUGAUACCGGCGCUAUGGCCUCCUUUGCUGCAUUUUCAAUGAUGGGACUGUUCCCCAACCCUGGACAAAAUGUCUAUCUAAUCAUCCCGCCCUUUUUCGAGUCUCUGAGUUUUACAAAUGAGAAUGGGAAAAAGAGUACGAUCAAGAACGUUGGAUGGGAUGGAGGUGUGAGGAAUGUUUUUGUACAGAGUGCGAAGGUGGAUGGAGUGGUGUGGAAUAAGAGUUGGAUUGGACAUGAAUUCUUCACGGAGGGACAGACGUUGGAAUUGUUCUUAGGAGAUACAGAGAGCGAUUGGGGGACUAAAAUGGAGGAUUUGCCUCCUAGUAUGAAAGUUGGUCAUAUGAAGCUCUAA